GCCUCCGAGCGCGCUGAUCGAGAUUAAUCCGUCUCCUAUUUAGUCAUCGGCCUUAAAUAAAUACCCAUCCCAGAGCAGAUUACGCCGCGAACACAGAUUCCUCUGCCUCUUUGUCGCCCCUCUCCCGUGUCUUUAGGUCCUAGCGAGGAUGUCGUACGACUACCUCUUCAAGUACAUCAUCAUCGGUGACACAUGUGUGGGGAAGUCAUGCAUUCUUUUGCAGUUCACUGACAAGCGUUUCCAAGCUAUCCAUGACCUGACUAUUGGUGUGGAUUAUGGAGCUAAAAUGAUAAGCAUCGAGGACAAGCCUAUCAAGCUGUGCAUAUGGGACACUGCUGGCCAAGAAACUUUCAGGUCGAUUACGAGAUCCUACUACAGAGGUGCUGUUGCUGCCCUGCUUGUUUAUGACAUCACAAGGAGGAGGACAUUUGACCAUCUCGCGGACUGGCUGGAAGAUGCAAGGCGACAUGCCAAUGCUGAUAUGACAAUUGUGCUGAUUGGCAACAAAAGUGACCUGGCUCGAAAAAGAGCAGUCAGCACUGAGGAAGGAGAACAGUUUGCCAAAGAUCAUGGCUUGAUGUUCAUGGAAGCCUCUGCAAGGAGUGGAGAGAAUGUUGAGGAGGCAUUUCUUAGCACUGCAGAAAUAAUAUACAAGAGAAUCCGGGAUGGACAAUAUGAUGUUUCAAAUGAGUCUUGUGGAAUCAAAAUUGGCGAGGGAGGAACACAACAUCCAUGUGGGGAAAGGAGUCUCUCUUCUUCUAGAUAUGAUUCUUGCUGUAGCUGAGCUACAACCACAGAAGAGCCUUCUGCUACUGUUCCCUAAUUCUCAUUCCCAGUGUUAAUCUCAUCAUGUCAUCUAACAUCCAGUUCCUAGGUGUAGAAUUACGGCAUGCACAAAAGUAGAUACAAUGUAUAGUCUUUUAAAUACAUUUGUACAUACUUUUGUACAUCCUCCGGGGUAGCACUUAAAUUCUGCUCAUUUAUUCUCA